UAUCCAUUUCCCUCUCCGCCUGACGUUGUCUUCUUCGUACAAAAUUUGACUCAGAGCACUAGGGUUUUAUCAGCUCUUCCGGAGUAUCUCGUUUCGUCAGGAAAACCCCAAAUGAGUGAUUCUCGAGAGGAGUCUCCAGAUUGGUUGCGUGCUUUCGAGGCACCAACACGAUCAGUUCUGACUUUAUCUUCUGGUUCUGAGGCUUCCCCACAUGGCAGUCCUUUGGCCGAUGAUAGGACGAAUGACAAGGAACCAUCUCCUGGUGAAACAUCUCAGUUCCCAGAGAAAGACGAAGAUGACGACAAACCUAUUAGCAUUCUUACCAAGGAGUCUUCAUCGAAAAAGCCUUUGAAAACUAAGUCUCCGACCAAACAGCCAAAAGGAGAACAAACUCCUGCGAAAAAGAGGAAGACGGAGAAUGGGAGUGCGGGUGGUGGGAAAUCCGCGAAGCUACAGAAGCCUGAGACGAAUGCUGAACCAAAUGCACCAAUUAGUUCAGUUUGGACUCUGUCAUCAGAUUCGGAGUCUCCUUCUAAUAGCCCAAUUAGGGAGGCUCUGAAAGGGAAAUCUCCCAAGAAAGGGAUUAAAGUUGAGGAUCAGGUAGCGACAAAGAAGAAAAGCCCAAACACCAAUGUUAUUAAAAAAGUUGAUGAUUCAGGAAAUGAUGGAGAUGCAGAUGCUGCAGAAGAAGAGAUUGCUGAGAAGAAUAUUGAACCACGUUUCUCCUCCUCAAGGUUGCCUUUGGUUCUCUCAGAGAAAGUCAGUCGUACGAAGGCACUUGUUGAGUGUGAUGGUGAAUCCAUAGAUUUGAGUGGUGAUGUGGGUGCUGUUGGGAGAGUAGUUAUUUCAGAUAACCCAUCUGGAAAUCAUGAUAUGUUCUUUGAUUUGAAAGGAACCAUAUACAAGACAGCCAUAGUUCCUUCGAGGACCUUUUGUGUUGUUAGCUUUGGUCAGUCGGAAGCAAAGGUGGAGGCUAUCAUGAAUGACUUUAUUCAGCUGACUCCCCAAUCGAAUGUUUACGAGGCCGAAACCAUGGUAGAAGGAACGCUGGAGGGAUACUCAUUUGAUUCUGAUGAUGAUGCUGACAAGGUGCCUAAAACCGUCACUAAUCAAACUGAUCAAAAUGAGGAUGGCGGGGAGCAAUCUAACAUAAAACCUAAAUCGAAAAAAGCAGAAAAAGCAUCAGGGGUAGUACGGAAACAAGGUAAAGCUGCAGUAGGAAAGCCCCCCAAGAAACCGAAAAAGAAAACUCAAGCUCCGAAGAAAAGCAAGACUAAAAAAUGAGCAGCACAAAUGAGAGGUGUUGUAUGUGUCAAAUUGUGCUCACGAGGGAUGACAUCAGUUGAUUCCGUUUUCAGCGAAGAACCACAGAUAUUGCUUAAAGUUUUCGAAUUUGUUUCCUAGAGUUGUAUGUAAGCUGGUAUUGAGGCCUUAACUGUUUAUAUCGAGGAUUGAAAUUAUACGAGGUUAGCAUAGUGUUGACUCUUGAGCCUAGCUUGUAAAACGGCUUCCAGCUUUUGCGAUUAGAUUCUUGCGGCAUUGUGAAUACCAAGUGAAAAGCUCUUAUACGUA